UUUGAUGCCUCUUGCCCGCCGGCCCGAGCGCAGCAGCUCAGCCUUCUGCAUCCCGCCCGGCCGGCCGCCCGCAGCGCUCGCUCCCAGCCAGGAUGGCCGCCUGUCUGGCCCUGCACAUGGCGCUGCUGCUCCUCUCCGGGGUCCUGGCCCCCGUGGUGCGCACAGCUGAGGGUCCGCAGGAGCCCGACCCCACCCUGUGGAACGAGCCCGCCGAGCUGCCGUCGGGAGAAGGCCCCGCGGAGAGCACCAGCACCGGCCAGGAGCCCGCGGCCACGGGCCCCCCGCUCCCCACCGCCGCGCCGGGCCCCGAGGACAGCACGGCGGGGGAGCGGCUGGACCAGGGCGGCGGCUCGCUGGGGCCCGGCGCCAUCGCCGCCAUCGUCAUCGCCGCCCUGCUGGCCACCUGCGUGGUGCUGGCGCUCGUGGUCGUGGCGCUGAGAAAGUUUUCCGCCUCCUGA